UUUGUGUUGCUAUAUUGUACAUUCUUUAAUUUCGGGUUUUUUGUUUUCAACAACGUAUAGUACUUGUCCUGUAGAAAUUUCCCAGUGAAUUGUGUUGUUUUUGUCAGGAAUAUAAAUAAAACUGGGGAUUUUUCUGUCUCAGGUCGAGUGUUACCUGUUACGAUACGUUGCAAUUUUAGCUCUAUGCAUUUGGUCGUAGCUGAAGGCAACAGCUGCACUUGAAGGUUCCGGAUGGGUGUGAGGUUGGCAUGGACAUGUGACAGUAAGGGACUUUCAAGGACAGUCGCACUAUGAAUAUUGCCUCCGGAUUGGGGCAGGAUGGAGGGGGAAGGGAGGGGAAAACAUCCAGGGCAGGACACUUGGGUAGCAACUUCAGGAUCUACAGAGGGCGGGCACUGGUAGACUCUGUGGGUCCUGCUUUUGGGACUGCCAUCUUUAACUGUGAGGGUACCAAAGAAAGGUUUUUUUUCUUCAAAAAUAAAGUGUUUGUAAAUGGUAAGAAAGUCACGAGCAAUACGCCGCUCACUGACGUGCUACAUUGCGACACAGUGGUCUCGUUCGAGGCUGAGCCUUGGGGCAAGCAAUACGACAUCAGGUUCAGAGGACUCAAAGUGGACGUGAUGAAUUGUCGCGUUUCGACGGACGAGCUGUUGCCUGCUACUCCGUACCGAGGAAACAGUGCGACUCAGAAUCACAGUGCGUCGUCGAUGCAGGUCAUGAGGAAUCAUUGUGCUCGCGUUAAACACAUAUCAAAUGAAGGAGGUGUGUUGGACCACACACCUGAGGUAAAGUUCCAUUGUAGCGUCGUGUGUAUACCAGAAUAUGUGGAAGGAGUGAAAACUCUGCCAGAUUUGAUCCCAAGGUGCACACCGGUGAACUUUGAUGCAGUUGUAACGAGUUCUGGUGUCACAGCUACUUGCUUGUGGGUAGGAGACAAACAGACUGAUUUCAAGCGUGGCUCGGAUCCAGAUGGAUACGUGAAAGGAUGGUCUGGCACAGUGGAGAGUUACUAUUCUUGCAACCGAGGCAAAGUGGGCAGGUUUAAGGUGCAAGGACAGCAAAUGUUUGCUCUGUUCAGUAGGCAGGAUGUGUUCUUUCCCGAGCCGUCAGAAGUCGCACUACAAGAGUACCUGCCGGUGGGCACGAUGGUUCACUUUGACGGGAAGUUGAUAUCGUCCGGAAAUACCACUCUGGUUAAAAUCUCUCGUUUGUGGUGUGGCAAGAGACCGGGUGUUGUGGCAGCAGCUCCUAGUCAGCCUUCACCUAGAGACUGCAUGGACUCGGUCAGCAGCAAGUGUUCCUCAUCGCUGAGCAUGGGCUCCAGCACGUGGGAUGGCACUGACGUACUUACCAUCGGCCGGAACGGUAAAGUGAGCCGAUACAUUUCAGAGGACGCUGGCUUUAUAAGUUGUAGUAGAUUCGGUAAAGAAAGUGAAGUGCUUUUCUACAGAAGCGACACAGAUUUUUCUUCGGAAACAGACGGUCGUACGAGCCUGUCUGCUCACCUGCCGAUAGGGUCGGAAGUGUACUUCACGGCUCAGAUGUUCUCGCCGGGAGAUGUCGUGGUCGAGACAGUGAGGCUAAUUAAGCGGCACGAUAGUUCCACCUCGCCGAGUGUGAUGGAUGAAGAGAGCGAGCGAGCAACCCCGGCACUAGCAGAGCCCUUGACGAAUCAGAGCUGGCCAGAGCCUGCGAAUGACACUGGUGUUGUGGAUGGAUCCUCACCCUGGGAAAGUCUCACUGGCCGUUGUGGUGUAGUUAAAUUCUACAAUUCUCAGUCUGAAGGUGUCUUAGAUUGCAUCAUUAAUAAUGUAACUAUAGAAAUUGUGUUCAUAAAAGGCUCAGUUUUGUUAGAACCUCAACUGUGUAGAAAACAGCUUUCGAAAGCAUUACCAGUAGGAACAUCUGUUUACUUUGAUGCGAAAGUCAUAAUGUUGAAUGGCUAUUUCGAAUUUGUUGCAACUACCAUGUGGAUAAAGAAGAAACCAAAGCCAGAAUCAGCUGCCCUCGAUUCGACAGUGGUUUCGAAUACAACCACCGAACUAGUUCUGCGCAAUAGGACUGCAAAGGUUAAGUGUUUUGUUUCUGAUGUUGAGGGAAUUGUAGAGUUCCUCUUUGAGCAUACACUUAAGGAAGCAUUUUUCCACAAAGAUGUUGUUUUCAUACCCAAAGACUAUAACUUAUCAGUGCAGGACUACUUAACUGUUGGCAGGAGCGUGUUCUUCGACGGACAUUUUGAAAAAGAAACUUCAGGAGUUAUCACAAUCACGAGUCUGUGGGCAGAAAAGAAAACGAAAUUAGUAGUUCCAUCCCCGAGGGUGGUGGACGUGAGUGAAGAGGUGGAAACCGAGAUGAAGCCACAGGCGUCGGACUGCAAUGGCAUCGGUGGCCGGGUGUCCGCAGGCACUUCAGAGUCCUUCAGCCCGGGUGGCAGCGACCGGACUGCGACGUCAGCACCUAAAGAUAGCGAAAUGCUUGGCACGAUGCCCAAGUCGAUCAGAGGUCACGCGGCCACAGUUGUCUCGUACACGUCCAAAAGUACAGGCAUCGUUCAGUGCACGGUCUUGAAAAAGCAGAUGACGGCAAUGUUCUGCAGAGGCAAUCUGCUCGUUCCGGACAAGCUGAAGGACUGGCCCCUGGAGGAGUACCUCCCGGCGGGCAAGUCGGUGUACUUGGACGGGGAGGUGAGCAGGGGCGAGGGGGGCCUGGCCCUCUCCGUGACCCGUCUGUGGGUCGGCAAGAAGCCGAGGCAGUGUGCCGAAGAGAGCGCGCUGUCGCUGCCGGCGGGCCCGGCGACGCUGUCGCAGACCGAGGUGUACGAGGCAGAGGUGGCGAGCGUGGAGCGGAUGUGCUUCACGGCCUGCGUCUCGCUGGGCGACUCGAGGGUCGCGGUCCUGGUGUGGAACCAGUUCUUCCGGCCGAGCCUGAUGUGCGAGGAGCCGUUGAGGGAGGGAGAGUUGGUGAACCUGCACGUGAGCGCCGGAGACAAGGUGUUCCUGCGAGUGGUGAGGAACUACGGCAAGAACAAGGACCAGUACGAGUGGUGUGCGUGCGAUGCUUGGAAGGAUAAUGGCGAGGUCCCCGACGAGAGAUCCUCUUCUGGCUGUGGAAGAGACGAGACUUGUCGGGAAGGCUCCAUCGUGUGGUUGGACGAAGUGUCUGCCAUAGUUCAGUAUGGAGUCGAUGGCAUGGGUGUCACUUUCCGACGAGAGGUCGCUCUUCUUUUUGGGAUUUGUCUGGCAACAUUUGAUCUGACCAAAGUUUUCAGCAUAGGCGAUACGGUGUCCUUCAUUCUGGCCAAUGACGUGGAAGCCUCGAAGGCGUGGUUCGACUCAUGCACUAUCGAUGGAUCUGCGAGCGUGUUCCUGCAGGUUGAGAAGUUCUGCCGGGCAAGAUCCAUUCCUUCAGAAGUCAAGCGAGCAUUGGUGAACCAACUGUGCCACCAGACCUCGAAGGAAGGGCCCGCCAGUCAGACGUCAUGUGGCACAGGCAGUACCUCUCCAGCAGCCUUUAGUGGUAACAAGUUACUUACCGAGGAAACUGAAGACACGGAGGAUGACCUUGACUACAUAUUUGUCAGCAGCAGUAGUGCUUCAUCUGUAGGUGACUACGACAGUAAUGAGUUUGGAAUUACUUCAGAUGAAUUCAUUCCAAGUAAAGAUGUUUGUCAAAAACUUGCAAAUUAUACUCUACCAGAUGUGCGGGAAUUCAAUGAAAAAUUAACAUGCGCAUUGACACAUUCCCUGCAUUCUAAAAACAAAACAGCAAGCUCCCCUGCAGCGGAGGAAGUCCAGCCAUCUGAGAACAAACCAGCAAGCUCACUUGCAUUGGAGGAUGUCCAGCCUUCUGAAGACAAGCCAGCAAGCUCUCCUGCAGCAGAAAAUGUCCAGCCUUCUGAAGACAAGCCAGCAAGCUUACUCUCAUUGGAGGAUGUCCAGCCUUUUGAAGACAAGCCAGCAAGCUCACUCUCAUUGGAGAAUGUCCAGCCUUUUGAAGACAAGCCAGCAAGCUCACUCUCAUUGGAAGAUGUCCAGCCUUUUGAAGACAAGCCAGCAAGCUCUCCUGCAGCAGAAAAUGUCCAGCCUUCUGAAGACAAGCCAGCAAGCUCUCCUGCAGCAGAAAAUGUCCAGCCUUCUGAAGACAAGCCAGCAAGCUCACUCUCAUUGGAGGAUGUCCAGCCUUUUGAAGACAAGCCAGCAAGCUCACUCUCAUUGGAGAAUGUCCAGCCUUUUGAAGACAAACCAGCUAGCUCACUCUCAUUGGAGGAUGUCCAGCCUUUUGAAGACAAGCCAGCAAGCUCACUCUCAUUGGAGAAUGUCCAGCCUUUUGAAGACAAACCAGCUAGCUCACUCUCAUUGGAGGAUGUCCAGCCUUUUGAAGACAAGCCAGCAAGCUCACUCUCAUUGGAGGAUGUCCAGCCUUUUGAAGACAAGCCAGCAAGCUCUCCUGCAGCAGAAAAUGUCCAGCCUUCUGAAGACAAGCCAGCAAGCUCACUCUCAUUGGAGGAUGUCCAGCCUUUUGAAGACAAGCCAGCAAGCUCACUCUCAUUGGAAGAUGUCCAGCCUUUUGAAGACAAGCCAGCAAGCUCUCCUGCAGCAGAAAAUGUCCAGCCUUCUGAAGACAAGCCAGCAAGCUUACUCUCAUUGGAGGAUGUCCAGCCUUUUGAAGACAAGCCAGCAAGCUCACUCUCAUUGGAGAAUGUCCAGCCUUUUGAAGACAAGCCAGCAAGCUCACUCUCAUUGGAAGAUGUCCAGCCUUUUGAAGACAAGCCAGCAAGCUCUCCUGCAGCAGAAAAUGUCCAGCCUUCUGAAGACAAGCCAGCAAGCUCACUCUCAUUGGAGGAUGUCCAGCCUUUUGAAGACAAGCCAGCAAGCUCACUCUCAUUGGAGAAUGUCCAGCCUUUUGAAGACAAGCCAGCAAGCUCACUCUCAUUGGAGAAUGUCCAGCCUUUUGAAGACAAACCAGCUAGCUCACUCUCAUUGGAGGAUGUCCAGCCUUUUGAAGACAAGCCAGCAAGCUCACUCUCAUUGGAGGAUGUCCAGCCUUUUGAAGACAAGCCAGCAAGCUCUCCUGCAGCAGAAAAUGUCCAGCCUUCUGAAGACAAGCCAGCAAGCUCACUCUCAUUGGAGGAUGUCCAGCCUUUUGAAGACAAGCCAGCAAGCUCACUCUCAUUGGAAGAUGUCCAGCCUUUUGAAGACAAGCCAGCAAGCUCUCCUGCAGCAGAAAAUGUCCAGCCUUCUGAAGACAAGCCAGCAAGCUUACUCUCAUUGGAGGAUGUCCAGCCUUUUGAAGACAAGCCAGCAAGCUCACUCUCAUUGGAGAAUGUCCAGCCUUUUGAAGACAAGCCAGCAAGCUCACUCUCAUUGGAAGAUGUCCAGCCUUUUGAAGACAAGCCAGCAAGCUCUCCUGCAGCAGAAAAUGUCCAGCCUUCUGAAGACAAGCCAGCAAGCUCUCCUGCAGCAGAAAAUGUCCAGCCUUCUGAAGACAAGCCAGCAAGCUCACUCUCAUUGGAGAAUGUCCAGCCUUUUGAAGACAAGCCAGCAAGCUCACUCUCAUUGGAAGAUGUCCAGCCUUUUGAAGACAAGCCAGCAAGCUCUCCUGCAGCAGAAAAUGUCCAGCCUUCUGAAGACAAGCCAGCAAGCUCUCCUGCAGCAGAAAAUGUCCAGCCUUCUGAAGACAAGCCAGCAAGCCCACUCUCAUUGGAGGAUAUCCUGCCUUCUGAAGACAAGCCAGCAAGCUCACUCUCAUUGGAGGAUGUCCUGCCUUUUGAAGACAAACCAGCAAGCUCACUCUCAUUGGAGAAUGUCCUGCCUUUUGAAGACAAACCUGCAGGCUCUCCUGCAGUGGAGAAUGCCCGGACAUCAAAGGACAAACUAGCAAGGUCUGAAGUGGAGAUUGUCCAGACAUCUGCAGGUAAACCACCAACUCUUUUGACAUCACACUUACUCUCAACCAAAGAAUACAAGCCUAGAAUAGGUUUUGAUCUGACUGAAGAGAAUCCAAUAAGAACAGCGACAAUGGAUUUGUUAAUUACAGAGGAUCAGUUAACUACUCCAUUACCAAAGACUUUGCAACCAAAAGGCAAACCUGAAAGCUCUUUUGCUGUGGAUUUGGGUUCAAAAAAAGAUAAACCAUGUCCUCAAACAAUGGAUUUGCAUCUGACUGAAAAAAAAGCAUUUGGGAGAGAUUUGCAUUCAUCUGUAAUGCAAACUAGUCCCGUAGUGAUGGAGUUGCUUUCGGUAUCUUGCGCACACGCCAGGGAAAGCCGUAGUAGUGGUACUCCAGUGAGGGAAUGCACAUUCGACCACUCUUUUCUUCCUUUGCUGCAGUCAUCUUUGGAAGCUGUACUGAUUUCAAAAGGAGUGGAACCGAAGCUGUCUCGUGACCUUGCAUCCGAAGUUGCGGUGCUGGUUCAUGAAAAUAUGGGACCUAAUAGAGCUGUUACAUCCCACGACCAGUCCAGCCAGAGUGGGCUAGCGAGUGGUUCAGAACACUGCUCUGAAGUGGGUCAGUCAGAAGGCAAUAGAGCAAUUAAAUGCACAGAAUCAUCUGCUCAAACAAUUUCUACAGGUCACAUAAUUUCUCUAAACUACUUGCCAUAAAAUUUAGGAUCAUUUGUCGGAUGAUAUUUUCACCAUAAUUUUCAUGUAUCAUAACUAAAUAAGUUUGAUGUAAUUAUGGAGUUUUUGCAGUUUUUUAAAUGAACUCUCUUAAUGAGCCUGGUUACUCUUGUAAUUUAUAUUAUUUUGUAUUAAACGUGAUUUGUUAUAUCAAACCUUUCUCAAAUUGUUGUGUUAUGUAAGUAAUUGUGUUAAAGUAUCUACAGUAAUACAAGUACAGUGUAUUUCAGCCAAUUAGAAUAUUUUCUAUUUGUCUUCUUGCUCUUAUUACUGUCAACAACUGUUUAUUCUGAAAAAAAAAUUUAAAAGCAAUAUAUUUUGUUAUAUAAUGCCUUUUUGACAAGAAUUCAGAAUUGGUCAUUGUUGGGAUGCACAAUAGUAUAUUCUGUUGUUUCAGUCCUUCAGGCAUUUACGUGGGAACAAGCUAUUCCUAACAACGAUCCUUUAAAAAAUUUAAACCAUUUGAAAGUUGUGAUUUCAAGGUUUUCCAAACAAACGAACCAAACAUUUGCCAAAACAUUCCAACAGAUUGAACCUUUUUAAACUUCUUUGCUAGUACCAUCAUGAUAAUUGUGUAUUUGUUAAUUUGUGUUCAUUUGCAAACCGAAGUAUACAUUUGCUUCAUAUUUGUUAGAUGUGUUGGAAAAGCUAAUGUUUUAAUUCAGGUUUAAUGAAAGUGUUUGUGUGAUUGUGAGCUCAAUACAAAUACUGAAGUACAUUUAUAUCAUUGUAAGGAAGUCCAUACAACGCUUGUUGUUUCCUGAUCAUCCAUUCUGUUUUCUCUCCUGAGCCGAGUGCCAAGGGUUUGAGAGUGGGUCAUAUAAAUGUCAAGAGAUUGCCAUACCAUCCUGUAUCUUGUGAGUUGAUCUGGAUGAACGUUGAGUUCCUCAGUCACAGUCUGCAAGAUUGUCCUCGGGACAACGCCAGCAGUCUCACAUCCCGUGUGCUCGUGUGUUUCAUAAAGUUGUGUUCGCUCCAGGGAAGCCCAUGAUAACCGUCCAGACUGAAUACUGUGAAUUCACUGGAGGAGUAAACGCAUUAAAUUCUUAGAUUAUUUGCUUCACAUGUGAUAAACAAAAGACUGUUUUUAUAUGGACAUAGCUAGGAUGAUCCUAAUUGUUUUCCUGUACGGGCGCUUAAGUUUACGUUUUGAAUUUUUCUGACCCUUGAUAAUUGAAACUAUAUUAUUGUAACAAGUAUUUAAAAUACUUUUGUAAUCAGUGUGAAUUAUUGCUUGUUUUAUUCCAAGUCACGCCACACAGUAAUUGUGAAACUCGUUUAAAAUUUGUUUUCAAGUUUUACAGUCAUGUUAAAUGUAGGUAGCAAUUUUUCCACAUCCUUCUGUGCCUUAUGAAGUAUUAAUUUUUACUCAAUGUGAGAAUAUGUGAUAUUAAUUUUAAGGAAGAAUUUUUUUUUGUAGUUGAUUUACUGUUGAAUUUUUGUUCAUUUGUAUAAUAUUCUUGAGCUUUUGGUGUCUAGAAUUUUCCUAAGGUGCCUUGUUGUAAAGUUAUGAUGUUUGAUAUUUUUUGAAAGUACGAUACUAAGAUUGUUAUAUUAUUGUAUUUUCAAAAAAAUAUUUGAUGAAUUUUUUUACCAAUUUUUAAGGGUGUUAAACAAAAAAAAGUUGUGGUUUUUAAAUUACAAAUUUAAGGAAAAUGUGAACUAUCGAAAUAUUUGUCACAGGAUUACAUAUUGUCCAGCGCAUCCACCCAGCAAGUGCACACUAUGUUAUUCGAGGCAUUAGGGUUCUUUCAGAAUAAAGGACAUUGUGCGAAA